CGCAGGCCCACACACCUCCUAGACCAUCCACAUCCCUCCAACGUACCGCAAGUGACAACGGAAUCUUGCAGGGAAUGGUGGAACGAGCGAAUGAGUGAUGGAAGCUGGCGUCAAAAGCGAGCGACUCCGAAGAUAGCAGGAAGGUACGAAGCAGACCUUGAAUGGAGUAGGUCCUUGAUUGAAGAGUUUGGUCCUGGGCGGCGAUGGCGAAAUGGCAUGAAGAAGCUUCUCCUUGGUCUUAACGAGUGGCUUGAUCGGAACGACGUAGGUCAUGGCUUCAUGGAGUGUAGUGAUUUGGACAUUCUCUCCUUCUUAAGUAGCCAGUGGCUGGUUGAGAUAGAGAGUCGAUGCCGAACUGCUGAUGCUGAAGGGGAGCCCAUGGUAUCUCCUGCGACAGUGGAUGCUGUUGUAAACUGCUUGAGCAACAGUUUUCGAUUACUUGGCAGGGAGAAUGAUCCGUGUGAAAGUGGGCGAGUGAAGGCGUUCCGAAGGGCGUACCGAGAAUAUGCGUUAUCCAGGGGGGUAAUUGCGCGACCAUUGAAGUGGGAGAAACUAAAAGUGGUGAUAGGUUACAUGCGAAGUAAGAUCAUAAUGCUGAAGAAGAUGCGUGAGGCAGAGGCUUAUCGGGAUGCGGCUAUGUUUUUGUAUCUUUGUGAAAGUUGGCAGAGAUGCGGGGAGGGAUUAAGGGUGCAGUAUAAGGAGAUAGAUAUUGGCAAUUGCAUGGUGAGGCCUGGAUAUACUAAGGCUGAUGGGCAGGGGGAACGAUUCCUUAUUAGAUUAAAAGAGCCCAGAGAUGACGAGGAAAUAUUCCUUGGGAUAUUGCCAGAGGUAAUUACGGUUUAUGAGAGCUUGGGGGUAGAUAUUCGUCGAGGGUAUGCGUUUAGAUCUGGGAGGGGGGAAGGUGCAUUAGGAAGAGCGGGUUUCAAUAAGCGGAUGGAGAAGUGGUUUGGUGAGGCCGGGGUGUAUGAAGGUGAGAGCGGUCACAGUUUUCGGCUAGGGGGUGUUCAAGCAGGGAUUAAGGAAGGUUGGAGUUUGGGGGAGAUGAUGAAGCAGGGGACGUGGAGUAGUGUAGGAACGUUUAUGCGAUAUGGAUAUGGAAUGCGUCAUGGGUGGAAGUGCACGGGGGAAAAGAGCAUGCGUUUCCAAGCGCGAAGUUCGCUGUAUGAAGAAGGCGACCUCUUUGCAAAAUCGUUGAGGAUGAAGUUCAGAGGAGAUCAUCUUCUCUUCGUCGGUAUCGUGGAUCCAGAGGAUGUGAAAGACAAGUCAAAAGUGGAUCUCGAUCGGUUGAGAUCGGGCGGCUACAACAUUUAUGUGCUUGGAGGUGGACAUUGCCUGGAGGCGAGAGAACGCCUGCGCCAGAUCUACCCUGAUAAGGACGACUAUAAUUGGAAUGUCUGCUAUGUCUAUGCGGGCAUGUCGACGGAUGAAGCAAGGCAGGUGGCACAUAAGCACAAUCUGGCAGCUGGUUACCACAGAGACAUGAACUUCAUCGAAAAGAUGAAAUGCUAAAACUUACGGCCGAGCAUUGGCGAAGCACCGUUCGAUGCAAGAAGAGAAGGUCUGAAUAUCUUUCGGUCAGAGCCAGCAUGCGAGAUUUUCGCUGCUCCGAAGCAUGCAAUACGAUCUUUAGAGGGUCGGUUCAGGUUAACCUGCGGAAGAGAAGAACAUGAACAUGAGGAUCUUGUCGGUGGUGGUGGACUUGUCCAGGAAGAUCUCCAAGAACGUGUUCAACAUUCUUUCUCAAUUGCUGCACUUAAAGCGAACAUCACGGCGCUCACGAAGUACAUAACGCCCGACAAUAUCAUUUGGUGGCACGAGUUGAUCGAGUCUCAGGAAAAUAUAGAUUUCAAGGACAGAAACCUCAAGUUUCCUUUUGAAUUGCCAGCGGUACAAGGGCCAUUCGAGGAAAAUACCAAAACAACGGCCGAAGAUGCGGUGUCUCGCAAUUUGGAAGAUCUCUUUCCACCUGAAAGGCCUGUUUAUUUAGGGGUCCGAAAAAGCAGACAGCACAGAGAAGAAAGAGAUGGACGUUAUGAAGAUUUGGAGGUCGGAAAAUUUUUUGCACUUAGAGUUUUCCCUGGUGAGGAAGAAAGGAAUAAACCUUACCAUAUCGGAAAGGUCGUCGAGCUCCUCCCGAGACAACGUUUCAAGGUAGUGACGCCAGUGCCGAGCGACAUAAACUACUGCGAGAACCUCACGUUCAUCAGCAAUGUAGUUUAUCUCGGCAGGCAGAAGUUGACGGGAGUAGAAGGCUAUCGGAGAAUCACCUUAGCGAGACUCGACAGUGCCGUCCUCAGCGAUGGCACAAGCUGGAUGAAGUGCUCGGCGUCGCGCAUCGGUGGGAUGCCAGCGUACGAGAACGACGAUGAGAAAACGUCGUGGUACUCUCGAAUAAGGUCACGAACUUCGGGCUCCAGGUCGGCCGUAUAUCGUGCGAGUUCCUCAGCGCCAGCGUCAGCGAGCGAUGGCGGGGUGGACUCGACGGACGAUGGAGGAUGGGAAGUAGAGAUGGGAGCCAUGAAGAUAGAAGGAGGAUCUGGCUCCAAAGGGAUAAGCUCGGCGUCGGAACAGGAACCGACGAGACCACGAAGUGCCGAGAAUGAAGUCGUACCCCGUCUCCAUCACAUCGAAAUGUGCAGAGGAGCGGUGGCGACGAGACGCCGGGGGACGAUCAGUCAGCUCGAGAGUGAGGAAGAAGAGAGUGAGGAAGAAGGGGAGGUCGGUGACCGUCUGAUCGAAGAAGCGCUGGGUCUUGUCAUCCCCAAGGGUAACAGAGAUGGGAGUCGGCGACCCGGUCGUGGCGGAAAGGAUACCACGAGGAGGGACAAAGCCCUGAGGGAGGUCCUGUUGAGGGACCUCGGGGGGCGACGCGCCAGUGUGACCGGGGCGGCUGUGUGCCCGGGAGAGGGCGGAGAGGAUGAGCUGGAGGCGCUCGGCCAUAGGGAAAGUAGUGUCUUCCAGGUGGUGGUGGACGGCCUCGCCGAGGUCGAGGUCGUCGCUAUGGUCACCCUCUGGCGACAGCGGGGCACCAGCGUCCUGCUCACCAUAUUCGAGCGCGCUAAAGCGACGCGAGAAGUGGCGGCCCUGCUGCGCGGAACGGCGAGGGCGACCGCGGAAAGGGGAACAAUACUGGAAAGUGCCGUGCGAGGAGGAGGAGGCGUAAGCAGUACGCUGGGGCUGGGAGGAGGAGGCAAGGUGAAGACGGGCCCACAUCCGCUGAUGGUCCCUGGCGGCCUCGUAAGCCUGCGGGGCCGAUGUGAACUCGUACCGCCAAAACUCGGAGCGGUACUCGAGCUUGAGGCUGACCAAGAAACGAUUGAUAGGGGAAGCAUCGGGGAGGAACGCCACGUCACAAAUGAGGCGGGCGUCCUGAAAGACCUGGAUGUGGCGAUCCAGGCCGACAGCGCCACCAGUGCCGGACCAGCGUGUAGUGACGACACGCUCAAAGGCGAAGGGGGACUGGGAGGAGGACAGAAUGAACGAGCCUACCGACAUCCCAAUAUGGACAACGAAGAUAAAGGAGGGGCCGGUCUCAGCCGCCAUGGGGAAAAGGAAGACAAACUAAAGGAGACAAAUGAGGAGGAAGAACUUCAAGAAGAAAAGGACGAAGAAAAGGAUGAUGAAGAAGAGGAAGUAGUAGUAGUGGAAGAAGAAGAAGAAGAAGAAGAAGAAGAAGAAGAAGAAGAAGAAGAACUUGAAGAAGGAGGAGGAGAUGACAAUGAAGAAGAGGAUGCAGGCAAAGAGGAAGGAGAAGGAGAGGGAGGAGGAGAGGGAGAGAAAGGCAGAGGGGAAGGGGAAGGGGAAGGAGGAGGGGGAGGGGGAGAAGAGGGGGGAUGUGGAGAAGAGGAGGGGGAAGAGAGGGAAGGGGAAGUUGGACAAGGAGAGGGAGGGGGAGGGGGAGGAGGAUGAGAAGAUGGAAAAAAGGAAGGGGGAGGAGGAGGGGGGGAGGGAGAAGAAGAAGGGUCAGCGGGCCCACCAAUUGUAUC